AUGGCUGUCUUUUCAGUUUGUUUCUCUCCUGAUGGAAAUACAUUAGCCUCUGGUAAUUAUGAUUCUAUCCGUCUUUGGGAUGUGAAAACAAAAAAAUUAAAAGCAAAAGUAGAUUGUCAAACUGGGAAAGUUAUCUCAGUUUGUUUCUCUCCAGAUGGAAAUACAUUAGCUUCUAGUAGUAAAGAUUAGUAUAUCCGACUUUGGGAUGUCAAAACAGGAUAAUAAAAAGCCUAAUUAGUUGGUCAUAGUAAUAUUGUUAGAUCAGUCUGUUUCUCUUCUGAUGGAAAUACAUUAGCUUCUGGUAGUGAUGAUAAGUCUAUCCGUCUAUGGGAUGUCAAAACAGGAUAAUAAAAAGCCAAAUUAGAUGGUCAUAGUAAUUAUGUUAGAUCAGUCUGUUUCUCUCCUGAUGGAAAUACAUUAGCUUCUGGUAGUGAUGAUAAGUCUAUCCGUCUAUGGGAUGUCAAAACAGGAUAAUAAAAAGCCAAAUUAGAUGGUCAUAGUAGUUAUGUUAGAUCAGUCUGUUUCUCUCCUGAUGGAAAUACAUUAGCUUCUGGUAGUGAUGAUAAGUCUAUCCGUCUAUGGGAUGUCAAAACAGGAUAAUAAAAAGCCAAAUUAGAUGGUCAUAGUAGUUAUGUUAGAUCAGUCUGUUUCUCUCCUGAUGGAAAUACAUUAGCUUCUGGUAGUGAUGAUAAGUCUAUCCGUCUAUGGGAUGUCAAAACAGGAUAAUAAAAAGCCAAAUUAGAUGGUCAUAGUAGUUAUGUUAGAUCAGUCUGUUUCUCUCCUGAUGGAAAUACAUUAGCUUCUGGUAGUGAUGAUAAGUCUAUCCGUCUAUGGGAUGUCAAAACAGGAUAAUAAAAAGCCAAAUUAGAUGGUCAUAGUAGUUAUGUUAGAUCAGUCUGUUUCUCUCCUGAUGGAAAUACAUUAGCUUCUGGUAGUGAUGAUAAGUCUAUCCGUCUAUGGGAUGUCAAAACAGGAUAAUAAAAAGCCAAAUUAGAUGGUCAUAGUAGUUAUGUUAGAUCAGUCUGUUUCUCUCCUGAUGGAAAUACAUUAGCUUCUGGUAGUGAUGAUAAGUCUAUCCGUCUAUGGGAUGUCAAAACAGGAUAAUAAAAAGCCAAAUUAGAUGGUCAUAGUAGUUAUGUUAGAUCAGUCUGUUUCUCUCCUGAUGGAAAUACAUUAGCUUCUGGUAGUGAUGAUAAGUCUAUCCGUCUAUGGGAUGUCAAAACAGGAUAAUAAAAAGCCAAAUUAGAUGGUCAUAGUAGUUAUGUUAGAUCAGUCUGUUUCUCUCCUGAUGGAAAUACAUUAGCUUCUGGUAGUUAUGAUAAGUCUAUCCGUCUAUGGGAUGUCAAAACAAGAUAAUAAAAAGCCAAAUUGGAUGGUCAUUAGUAUUAAGUUAACUCAGUCUGUCUCUCUUCUGAUGGAAAUAUAUUAGCUUCUGGUAGUAGUGAUAAGUCUAUCCGUCUAUGGGAUGUCAAAACAGGAUAAUAAAAGCCAAAUUAGAUGGUCAUUGUAAUGAUGUCAACUCAGUCUAUUUCUCUCCUGAUGGAAAUACAUUAGCUUCUGGUAGUAUAGAUAAGUCUAUCCGUCUAUGGGAUGUCAAAACAGGAUAAUAAAAAGCCAAAUUAGAUGGUCAUUGUAAUGAUGUCAACUCAGUCUGUUUCUCUCCUGAUGGAAAUACAUUAGCUUCCGGUAAUCAUGAGAACUCUAUCUGCCUAUGGGAUGUAAAGACAGGAUAAGAAAUUAAAUCAUCCGAUAAAAACUACAAAAAUAUUCAUGCAUAAUUUAUGA